AUGUCUAGUGGUACAGCGAUCCUUGCUUCGGUUUCUCUGCAGUACAGGUAUCCUACACCUAUGGCCUCCGAGAUGGCGGAUUUCCAUGAUAUGUGGCAAGACAUUGAGAGUGUUUUAUUAGGAGAUAUGAGCAACUCUUGUUCUCGCAACGAAAUGCAGUCCGUUCAGCCUGUUCUUCGGCAACUCCCUUCCUCAGAUUUCAACACCAACACGCAAGCUGGGUUCACAACGGCUCUGCGUUACCAGUACCAGCAACAGCUAGAGCCGUCGCAUACGGGUACAUUCCAAUACCCGACACCGCCACAGUUAUCGGACUCUCGUCCGCCAGAGGACGGCCGUUUAGGAAUAGAUUUGGGAUUAUCAUUAGAAGGAAACAAACAGCUUUACAUCGAAGAAUUUUCUGUUUUGAAUCCAAAUAUGAAGAGCGAUGUGUCCUCAACGGGCCCAAUGUCUGGCGUGGAACAGUUACACUUGUACGGUCCUAGCACAUGCGGUCAGAGAUACGUACCAGUGGCUUCAGAGGUAAAAACAGAAAACCAGCAUUACACAGAUAACGCAAACACGGAAUAUCUUAACGGAAAUUGGACGGUUUACAACUGUGCUAUGCCUAAUCACCAAGUCUCGCCCACAGCUGCUCCUGACAGUCGUGCCAUUAGAUAUACUUAUGAAGUUAACCCUUAUGGAGGCUAUCAUCCGAAUAUAGCCAAAACACAAACCGGACUGUUACGCCCGCAUCUUUCUUCGGGCAUGACCCAGUCCUACGCUUCUUCUUAUCCUACUCAGUCCAGAAUGGUAACUCCACCAACUUCCCCUCAUUUGGCCGAAUUUCUGGUCAGUGGUCACGGGCCGGUGGGGAACACAACCUUGUAUGCUGGUGGUAGCCUCCAACCACCAGCGCCCAAGUCUAGGCGCGGACGCCGAUCAAGAGGACCCAAGAGUGUAACUGUUCACACCUGCUCUUACAACGGUUGUACGAAAACCUAUUCGAAAAGUUCACACCUAAAAGCUCAUCUCCGGACACACACCGGUGAAAAACCUUAUCAAUGUACGUGGAAAGGCUGUGCCUGGAAGUUUGCACGUUCCGAUGAAUUGACCAGGCACUACAGGAAGCACACUGGUGACAGACCAUUUCAAUGCCGUCUAUGUGAACGUGCCUUUUCCAGGUCCGACCAUUUGUCACUUCACAUGAAAAGACACGCGGAAAUUGUCUGA